UACACGUUAGAUUUGCUUGCUAUAGUAAUAACAGUAAAUUAUGUAUAAUUACAACUUACCCUAAACCAGACCCUAAUCCUAACCCCACAUUAGGUACAUGUUGUUAAUUAAUAUUACUCAGUACUUAAAUUUAUAAUUACACUGUAACAAGGGCACCUUAAAAUAAAGUGUAACUAAUACAUUUAACUGUAAACAUUGCAUUUGUGUGAUACAUUAUUAUUAUUUAAAGUACUGUAGAAGAUGCUUAAACAUUCAAAUUCUUUCAUGAUUUCAUUCAUUAUUGCUGAUAUUUCAGAACCACAUUACGGUUAUCUAAUAUGAAAUAUAUUUACAGCCAAUAUGUUGUGGUCUGUGAAACUCUUUCUGCUUCUGGGUAAGGAGACCAACAUACUGACACAAAUCAUAACCUCAUACAUUCUUCUGUCUAAUGACCAAUAAUAUUUUCUGAAUUAAGAGCUCAUAGCAAAAUUCAUCUGCAUCUGUGACUCUAACAAGUACAGGCUGCACAACUGUCAUUGGCACUGACAUCAGACUGGUGAAUGGAGACUCCUGUUCUGGACGAGUGGAGGUUCUCUAUAAUGGAAUAUGGGGAACAGUGUGUGAUGAUUACUGGGAUCUGUCAGAUGCUGCAGUGGUGUGUAGAGAGAUGGGCUGUAGGAAUGUGAUAGAGGCAAAGAGUGACGCUUAUUUUGGACAAGGAUCAGGACAGAUAUGGAUGGAUGAUGUAAACUGCACUGGCACUGAGUCCUCACUAAAGAACUGUAGGACACCUGGAUGGGGAAUACAUAACUGUGGACAUCAUGAAGAUGCUGGAGUCAUCUGCAACUCUGUCAGGUUGGUGAAUGGAGACAACUCUUGUUCUGGACGAGUGGAGGUUCUCUAUAAUGGAAUAUGGGGAACAGUGUGUGAUGAUGGCUGGGAUCUGUCAGAUGCUGCAGUGGUGUGUAGAGAGAUGGACUGUGGGAAUGUGAUAGAGGCAAAGAGUGAAGCUUAUUUUGGACAAGGAUCAGGACAGAUAUGGAUGGAUGAUGUAAAUUGCAUUGGCACUGAGUCCUCACUAAACAACUGUUGGACACCUGGAUGGGGAAUACAUAACUGUGGACAUCAUAAAGAUGCUGGAGUCAUCUGCAACUCUGUCAGGUUGGUGAAUGGAGACAACUCUUGUUCUGGACGAGUGGAGGUUCACUAUAAUGGAAUAUGGGGAACAGUGUGUGAUGAUUACUGGGAUCUGUCAGAUGCUGCAGUGGUGUGUAGAGAGAUGGGAUGUGGGAAUGUGAUCGAGGCAAAAAGAGGUGCUUUUUUUAGACAAGGUUCAGGGCCAGUAUGGAUGGAUGAUGUAAAGUGUGUCGGGAAUGAAUCUACACUGAAAAACUGUUCAUCAAAUGGAUGGGGAGUACACAACUGUAGCCAUCAACAAGAUGCCGGAGUCAUCUGCCAAUCUGUCAGGUUGGUGAAUGGCAGUGACUCCUGUUCUGGACGAGUGGAGGUUCUCUAUAAUGGAAUAUGGGGAACAGUGUGUGAUGAUGGCUGGGAUCUGUCAGAUGCUGCAGUGGUGUGUAGAGAGAUGGGCUGUGGGAAUGUGAUCGAGGCAAAGAGUGACGCUUAUUUUGGCCAGGGAUCGGGACAAAUGUGGAUGGAUGAUGUUCAUUGUGCUGGGAAUGAGUCUACACUGAAAAAUUGUUCAUCAAAUGGAUGGGGAGUACACAACUGUAGCCAUCAACAAGAUGCUGGAGUCAUCUGCCAAUGUGAGUCAAAAUAG